AUGGCCAACUUCAACCCCUUCGCUCGACGCGAGUCUCACCACCGCAACACUCUGAUUACGUAUCAAGUGCUGUCGGUCCUCACCUGGGCUCUGGUCCUUGUCGCUGGCAUUUACUAUUCCCUUCACAAGCCUGGUGAUGUGAAACAUGGACACAAUAUCUGGAAGCAAGCAAAUCUACAUCCAACACCAUUCUCGCAGAACACAACCAUCACCGGAAUUUACUGGAUCCUCCUCCUUCUAUCUCAAGUCAGCUAUGUCUGGCACUUCUUCUCCAACAAUAGCACGCUCGUCACCAGCGCCGCUAAUGUAGCCUCCCACUUCAUCCUCAACAACCUGCUCGUCUUUGCUUUCAUCUUGCUCUGGGUUCGCAGCUACUUCUGGCCCGCUGAAAUCAUCCUCAUUGUCCACGUCAUUAGCCAGUCUUCUGCUUACUGGACUCACCGCGGAUCUCCACCCUUUGUGCACUGGCCCGCCAUCGCAGGGCCAUAUGCAUGGUCACUUACAGCCCUGUUCUGGAACGGAGCUGUUGCCGUGCAUGCUCAUAGCUUGCCCGCGAGAAUCGUGGCCAAUGUCUUCAUCUGGGUGAUUUUCUUGAUUGGCUUUGUCCACAUCUUUUCAGCCAAGGACUAUAUCUUCGGCUACUCCUUGUCUAUUUUGCUUCUAUCCCUCGCCGUCAAACAACUUGCCAUCAAGGUCAUUGCUUUCCAAUGGAUCUUUGCCUUUGUCAUUUUCGCGGUCUUUUUCGUCGGCUCGUUGUACGUCUCUUCUGCUGCUUACACCGGACGAGACCUCUGGCUCAAGCGUGUUGUGGCGCCUGACUCGACAACGGACCGCGAACGUGAGCCGUUGCUCAACAACCCGUAA